AUUUUGACAGGAUAAGUCAGAUACUUGAAUUUUAAAGAGUACGUUUGUUAUACCUUAACCUUUCCUUGGAUACAUAAUGUGACAAUAAAGUGCUCUUGAUAUGGCAACAUCGAAAGACGGCAACUCCGCAUCAGCUCAGAAGGACAGUGAGAUUUUCAUUGCGGCAAUAGACUUAGGAACUUCAUUUUCUGGGUGGGCAUUUGCACCUUACUCGGAUCUGGAGCAAGAAAUUAAGCCUAAUAUAUAUAUUAAAUCUUGGUAUUCAACAUACACGCAAUUUGCAACAGUUAAAACACCAACAUGCGUUUUGAUAAAACCAGACGGUCAAACCCUAGACUCAUUUGGCUACGAGAAGAUAGAGAAGAUAUGA